CGUAGCAGUUGGCAUCAGUUACUCGUGGACAGAGUAAAUGGAAAGAUCAAGUGAAAAGCCUACUUUCAGUGGUCUGAAAACCAAGUUGAUCUUUGACAAAAAACUGUGGAAGAACAUAUGAACUUCAAGUCUUCGCCAGUCGAACAAUACUUAUUGUGAUAAUUACCCAAUUGUGAUAAGCAAAAGUGCCAAAAAAAACUAAACUCUUUUACGCUAUCAAACGCGAAAAAAUCCACAAAAAUCUAACACAAAUUAUUCCAAAGUUUUCAUUUUGAGAAAAACUCAUAAACUAAACAACAAGCAAAAUGCCUGAGCUCAUUGAACAAAGCAAAAUUAUCUCCGGCAAUGUGUGCGGUCUGCCCCAGUUGCACAAGCUGCGCCAGGACAAUUGCGGUCUGUACAGCCACAUCCGUGGCAUUCCCAUCUCCUAUGGAAAUGUCGAUUCACUGACCGCUGGCGUUCGCAGCUUUGUGGAGGAGGGUAUCGCCAUGUGCCAGCCCGACCAGGUGCACAUCUGCGAUGGCAGCGAGCAGGAGAAUAAGAUGCUCAUCAAGAGCCUCCUCGAGGCUGGCACCAUUGUGCCCCUGCCCAAGUACGAGAACUGCUGGUUGGCCCGCACCAAUCCCGCGGAUGUGGCCCGUGUCGAGUCGCGCACUUUCAUCUGCACCGACCGCCGGGAGGAGACCAUUCCCACUCCGGUUGAGGGAGUCAAGGGUGCCCUGGGCAAUUGGAUCUCGCCCAGCGAUAUGGAUGCUGCUGUGAAGCAGCGUUUCCCCGGAUGCAUGAAGGGUCGCACCAUGUACGUGGUGCCCUUCAGCAUGGGACCAGUUGGAUCCCCGCUAUCCAAGAUUGGAAUUGAGCUCACUGACUCCGCUUAUGUUGUAGCCUCCAUGAGAAUCAUGACCCGCAUGGGAGCCGCUGUCCUGCGCCAGCUGGCCAAGAAGGAGGAGUUCGUCCGCGCCCUGCACUCUGUGGGUGCCCCUGCUAACGGAAAGGUUGAGCAGCCUUCCUGGCCCUGCGAUCCCGAGCGCACCAUCAUCCUGCACAAGCCUGCCGAGAAUUUGAUCGUGUCCUAUGGAUCCGGUUAUGGAGGCAACUCGCUGCUGGGCAAGAAGUGCUUUGCCCUGAGAAUUGGCAGCACCAUUGCCAAGCGUGAGGGAUGGCUGGCCGAGCACAUGUUGAUCCUGGGAAUUACCGAUCCCAAGGGAGAGAAGAAAUACAUCACCGCUGCCUUUCCCUCGGCCUGUGGCAAGACCAACUUGGCCAUGUUGAACCCCUCAUUGGCUGACUACAAGGUGGAGUGCGUGGGUGAUGACAUCGCCUGGAUGAAGUUCGACUCGCAGGGAGUGCUGCGUGCCAUCAACCCAGAGAAUGGAUUCUUUGGUGUGGCUCCUGGAACCUCAAUGGAGACCAAUCCCAUUGCCAUGAACACUGUGUUCAAGAACACCAUCUUCACGAACGUGGCCUCCACUUCCGAUGGCGGUGUCUUCUGGGAAGGCAUGGAGAGCAGCCUGGCUCCCAAUGUCCAGAUCACCGACUGGCUGGGCAAGCCCUGGUCCAAGGAUUCCGGCAAACCAGCUGCUCAUCCCAACUCCCGCUUCUGCACCCCGGCUGCCCAGUGCCCGAUCAUCGAUGGUGCCUGGGAGGAUCCAGCUGGUGUGCCAAUUUCCGCCAUGCUCUUCGGAGGACGUCGUCCCGCUGGUGUGCCACUGAUCUACGAGGCUAGGGAUUGGACCCAUGGAGUCUUCAUUGGCGCUGCCAUGAGGAGUGAAGCCACCGCCGCUGCCGAGCACAAGGGCAAGGUGAUCAUGCACGAUCCCUUCGCAAUGAGGCCCUUCUUUGGCUACAACUUCGGUGACUACGUCGCCCAUUGGCUGAGCAUGGAGAAGCGCGGCCAGGUGCCCAAGAUCUUCCAUGUCAACUGGUUCCGCAAGAGUGCCGAGGGCAAGUUCAUGUGGCCCGGAUACGGCGAGAACUCCCGUGUGCUCGAAUGGAUUCUGCGUCGGGUGAACGGCGAAUCCUGUUAUGUGGAUUCGGCCAUUGGACACAUUCCUGCUGAGGGUGCCCUCAACUUGGCUGGCAUGAAGGAUAAGGUGGAUGUGAAGGAAAUCUUCUCGCUACCCAAGGACUUCUGGUCUCAGGAGGUCAAGGACAUUCGCACCUACUUCGAGUCGCAGGUUGGAGCCGAUCUGCCGGCCAGCAUUUACAAGGAACUGGACGAACUUUCGGCCCGCAUUGCCGGCCUUUAAAAAGGAUCAUCUAAGGCCAAACCGAACUUAAAAACAUAUAUACCCGCCCCACAUACCUAUACCUGCUCAACAUCCGUACUAUCCCGUACUAACCCCACAUACUCAUCCAAGAAAUGCUAUCCCGUCGUAUCCUAUAUCCCAAUACCUUACUUGGUCGUUUCUCUAGUUUAUAAGGCGAAGACUUCCAAACUAUUUACUAUUUAUGUAAGCAGACUUAAGAUUAGCAACUAAGGUGAACAAAGAAAAAACACAUAAAAAAGAAUAAAACAAGACGAUUUUAUAACCUA